AUACUGGACAAUGGAAUGAUUGAGAAUUCGUAAAAGAAGAGAGAGAUGUCUUCCAUAGAUUCCGGCGAUUCACGGGGAAGAUUAUCGGAGAAGAUCAUCUACACCUACGGCGUCGACAUCGUCUCUGGCGACUAUGUCGACUGGGAAACAGGCGAAGGAACAGUAAAAUGCACGAUUAACAUGGAAGAAUCAGUUGCCGCUGUAGAAUCCAUCUUAGGAUACACAUUCAACAACAAGAGUCUGUUGGAAGAAGCCUUGACGCAUCCUUCUUACUCCGAAAGUCCUUCUUAUCAACGGCUUGAGUUCGUCGGUGAUGCUGUCCUUGGACUCGUAAUUUCCAAUUUCGUUUUCGUCACUUACCCUGAUCUCGACCCUGGUCAGCUAUCUCUUCUUCGUUCCGCCAAUAUUAGCACCGAGAAACUCGCUAGGGUUGCGGUCAACCACGGCCUUUACAAAUACGUGCGCCACAAAGCCGCCGCGCUUAAUGACAAGGUUAGGGAAUUUGUGAUGGCGGUUCAGGAAGAAGAUAAUAUGGUUGUUCAUGGUGGACAUAUGAAAGCCCCUAAGGUUCUUGCGGAUAUUGUUGAAUCGGUGGCUGCAGCUGUGUAUAUUGAUUGUGGAUCAAACUUGCAAAUCAUAUGGAUGAUCAUGAGAGUGCUACUUGAACCUAUUGCGAUGCUAAAUGACAUCGAGAAACAACCGCAGCCUAUUACAUUGCUAUACGAGGCAUGUCAGAAGAAUCAGAAGGAUGUUAUUAUAAGGCACUGGAGGAAAGGUGACAGAAACAUCGCGAGUGUUUACGUAGAUGGCAGAUUUGUUGCCUCUGGUUCUUCGGACAAUAAAGAGAACGCAAAGCUGCAUGCAGCCGAGGCUGCUUUCUCCAAGUUAACCAGCUCCAAAAGCAGUGACCCAGUGAGUACACAGAUGUAUGAUGAUUUUAACAAAACCAUUGAGGUUGAAAGUGCGAAGCAGAGAGUACACGAGCUUUGCAAUAAGAAAAGGUGGUCCAAGCCGAUUUACAGAAUUGAGAGUCAGUCGGGACCUGCACACGAAAGAAGAUAUAUAUCGUCGGUUACAAUUAAAGUUUGUGACGUGAUUCUUGGUGUGGUGGGAGAUGAGAAGUCGAGAGUUAAGGAAGCAGAGAGUUCUGCGGCCGUGGCAAUGCUUUGUGCACUGCGAGAAUCCGGAUAUAUAUGAGUGUGCAAGUGUAACUAACAAACCACAAAGAGGUCAAGUAUUAUCAUCUCUUUAGAAAAGCAUGUCUAAUCCUGUGCAGUAGAAUUUUGUUGAUAUUAACCAUUUUGAUUUCCUCCCUUUUUGUUGAGCAAAAGUGAGAAUUCCAUGGAGUUGGGAGGAGAUGGAUACAAGGAUUUAAAAGGCGGAAUCGGGUCUCGAGGAGUAAGCCCCGAUGCGGAAUUAUAUUUAGACUCAAAUAUUUAUAU